UUUACUUAUCAGAGCCUUUUCAAAGUUUUAACCAAACUGUAUCUCUCUGAAUAUACCUAUCUGUACUUGAAUUGUCUCUAAUCCAAAGUCAAGAUGUCUGCUACUGCCAACGGAACUGUUUUCCGACCCAAUCCCAACCAGAUAUUAAAUGUUUUUACCAUUGACGGUUCUCAAUACACCUUUGCAUCAAGCGUGGCCACUCCUCUUCCGCCGUUCCAGGCUGUGACAGCUACAAUUAACUACGACUACCCCGACCAGUUAAUCGCGAAUCGAUUCUAUGACGGCAGUGUCCAGGGAGGCCAGCUCAACAUCCAGCUAGACAACGGAGUAAGAAUUACUGCGACUGUUGAGCCUCCGAUUGACGUUGGUCGCUUUCAAGGACAAGGCCACUGGGAGGUGGAACAAGGGGAUUGA